AUGAAUAAAUCAGACACAGAGCUGAUAGUUACAAGAGUGCCAAGAAAGGAAGGAAAUGUUAUUAUUUCUGAAUGCCUUUAUGUGCCAUGUGCAGAAGAAAACAUAAAUGACGUGGAACCGUUCUUGACAGACUUACCAUACAAUAUAAUAACAAGAGGCGAUUUCAAUAAAGUUCCUAUGAUGAUCGGAUUGAAUAGCGAAGAAGGAUAUUAUUUUGCGUCUUUGGAAAAUGAUACAACGAUACCUAGGAUUAAAACAGAGAAAUCGUUGCCAAAAGAUGUGACAUUUCCCUCUCAUAAAGAAAGAAGAAAGGUAUCAGCGAAGCUGCAGAAGCUGUACUUUGGAGAUGAGAAAAUUUCGCAAGAGACUAUACUGGGCUUAGCUAAGUUUCAGGGUGACGCUUAUAUAAGCAGCUCAAUUUUAGAAGAAACAGAAUAUAUUCUUAAAAAUAAUGACAAACCAAUAUACAAUUAUAUAUUUAAUUACAACGGACGGAGAAAUUUGGCGAAGAUAUUUUCUGGUGAUCCGUUUAGGAGUGCUUCUGGAGCAGCGCAUGCUGAUGAAUUGUUUUAUUUGUUCAGCCAAGGAUUAUUACCUUCCUUGUUCGAGAGUAAAAUGAUCGAUAAGUUGACGACCUUAUGGACAAAUUUCGCCAAAUUCGGGUAA